AACUUUUCCUCAGUUGAGGGAGCAGAGCAGGAGAAACACCGCAGAGCUUUCGCAGCUUUGCACUUUACCUACUAGAGCUGAGCUCUGGAAAUCAUGACAACAUCACUUUUUGUUGGAUAUUGCCUCGUAUUCAGCGCAUUUUCUGCACGCGUCCACGGCCAAGAGGGUGAUGGCUGUGGACAUACACUGCUCGGCUCAGAGUCUGGCACUUUGGCCUCACAAAACUACCCAGGAACAUAUCCUAGUAACACCUGGUGCAAGUGGAAGCUCCGUGUCCAAGAAGGGCGCACAUUGCGACUUCUUUUUGGGGAUUUUGACAUCGAGAGCAGUCCCGGGUGCAUCAACGGCUCUCUCGUCAUCACGGAUAGAAAUGGACAUUCCAUCUUAGGUCCAGUGUGUGGGAAGCUAAAUGCAUCACAAAAGAAUAUGACCCUUACUAGCAAGGAAGUGACAGUUACCUUCAUGUCACGGUCACAUCGGUCUGGACGAGGGUUUCUACUAUCUUACGCCACAGAUCUUUAUCCAGAUGUCGUCUCUUGUUUACAACGAGGGUCUCAUUUCAGCGCGCCACAUUUUAGUGUUUACUGUCCUGCCGGGUGUAAGAAUGUGACAGGAGAAGUUUGGGGAGGUCCAGAUCGGGGUUACCGGGAUACAUCAGUGCUGUGUAAGUCCGCGGUACACGCCGGAGCGACGUCCGACAAUCUCGGAGGUCGUGUGAGCGUGAGCCGUGGGAAAAGCCUCACGCUCUACGAGUCCACCUUCUCCAAUGGGAUCCUCACUAAAACGGGGUCGUUGUCUGAAAAGAAGCUGGUGUUUACUCAAGAAUGUAACAAAAUCCUGGCGGUAUACGGUUUAAACGCCUCAUCUUUUGGAAACCAAGAGAGCCACGAGUAUAAAUUGUCUUGGUCCGGCAGAAACGUGCAUUCUGGACACGAAGGGCUGAUCUGGACCGCAAAGUGGGAUGAUCUAUCGCCCUGGGUGGAGCUUGGACUCACUGAUAAAAGCAUAAUCACAGGAGUUAUCACAUCCGGGUCCAGCGAGAACCACAUCAAAUCUUACAUCCUCCUUUUCAGUAAAGACAGAAAGAACUGGAAAGUGUACAAAGAUGCUGUCAGCAAAGAAGAAAAGGUGUUUGAGUCCUACGCAGACGGUCACCCAAGGGUGCUCAAUAGCCUUUUUCCCCCGGCCACGGCUCGUUUUGUCCGCAUGCGCCCUCAGAGCUGGCGAGGCCAAGCUUCGGCUCAGCUACAAAUCCUUGGCUGCCAUGUCAAGGUCACGCCUAGGUCUCACUCACCUCAAGAAUUUACGCCCAGCAAAGCUUACACUCUGACUCCCAACAACACGUCACCCACAGAAGGUCCAGUUUUAGUCGAAUCCGGGCAGAGAUCCAGUCCGGCAGCCAUCAUUGCGGUGGGCGUAGUCUUUGGGCUGGUCAUGUGCUUCGGUUGUUUGUUGGCUGGAGUCUGGUGGAGGAGAAGGAAAAAGGCUUCCCAAAUGAAGUACUCCGUGCCAAUAACAGGUUGCCAGACUUUCCAGGUGAAGACUCUCCCAUGUCCUCCAUCAGAGCUUAUCUCCUACCCUCUGCAGCGAAAUAUCCACGAUGACCUACCGACCCCCCCACUCAAUGACUACGCCCAACCCGCAAUCGGACAGAAGAUGGGCUCUACAUUUCGGCCUGCCUCAGAAGAAGGCUACACCAUCCCCUUCACGUUCACCCACUACGACUCUCCAGGAACCCUCCCAGAAUACGCAGAGCCGCUCCCGCCAGAACCCGAAUACGCAACCCCUUUCAGUGAGCAGGAGUGUUCACCCUCAACAGGGGGUACCACACACAGGCCCCCGACAUCGGCAUCUCCCGGCCCACCCAGGAGUUACGACUGCCCAUCCCACAGGAUGUUGGACAACGGCUACUGCACUCCCGCCGUACGUGCCAACACGCCACGACCUGUCAGCACUGUCUAUGCCGAACCCAAGUCAUGUUACUCUUUACUGCAAAAGUACGACGAACCUUUGUGAGAACAAACUCUCAAAUAUUAUUUUUUACUGUGAUAUUCUAAGUGGACAGAAGUUGACACAGUGAAAACCCCAGUGACUCAAGUACCCAAAGUUGGGUACACAUUGACGUGGAAGUUUAAGCGUACAACUGUGUACCCAGAAGGAGAACCAAGUGCCAAUACACUGUUUCAAAAAGACAUUAAAACUUCCUUCGUACACUAUUUUUUUUUUUAAUUAUUAUUACUGAUGAUGACUUUUGGUCACAGCCUGCACUUUUGGAAAACUAGUUACAGACUCAUACCUACAAACUACUCAUGAGAAUGCAUUAGUGUACAGUUACUUUUUCUUCCCACAUCUGUGACAGAUUGGAUUUUUGUAAGUUACCACUAAGUGGCUCUAGUGAUCUCUAAACGUCUAACAAGUGUCCUGGACAGUUGCUGUACAUGCUCAAAAUGGGACAUUUUAUGACACCUUAAAGGCACAAUGUUGAAAUGUGAUGUGUCUGUGCCAAAAUAAAAAAGAUUGUGUAACUUUUUUUUUUUUUUAAACAUAAGUGUCCCACACAUGGGGCGCCGUUUGUAAAGCAGCACAUGCUCAAAAUUAUGACAACAUUUUGUCACAUUUAGCGCCACACAGUGUUUAAAAUGGUGUGAAAUUUUUAGAGUCACUUUUUUUUUUUGGCACAUUUACAACAUUAUUUAGCAACUUAAAUUUUUGGACCUGAUUGUUUAAAUCCAGAACUAAAUAUUUAAUUUAAAUCUUAAACUUAUAUCCUACAUCCUAAAUGUUAAAUCAGGAAACGGUCGGAACUAAAUAUUUAGCUUAAUAUGCAAAUUCAAAUGACUGGAGACCGGAAGUAACAAAAUAAAAGUUGGAGCACACAAAAUACUCUUUACAUAGUUUCUCCUAAAUAUGUAUUUUACCUAUAUACUAGAGCUGGGAAUCUUUGGGCACCUAACGAUUGGGUUACGAUUACGAUUCAGAGGCUCCGAUUCGAUUAUAAAACGAUUAUUGAUGCACCCCCUCCUUUAUUUUAUUAAAAAAAAAAAAAAAAAAAAAAAGUUUUGUACAUUAGUUCCAAAAUUGUUCAAAAAUACUCUCAGGCUAAACCAAACUACUAUUUCAGUAUCAAGUUAACAUAUAGCAGUAAACAAAUAUACAAAAAUAACAGUAAAUAAAAAACUCCAGUCCCCAUUCUAUAUCAGCAGCUUUAAACUACUUUCAAUUAAUUUAAUGUUGUGAAUCAACCGUUAAAGUUGUUAAAAUUGCUCCUGUUAUUCCAUAAUUUCUCUUUUGUCUACUUUCAACAUGUGAAAGUUUUAAAACUAUGUUAAAGAUAGAUUCAAGUCAAUAUUUUACCGAUUUAGGAGUAUUUUAGAUAAAAAAUUAAUUAGGUUCGCUUGGAAGGUUCGCAACAACAGCCUUGCAGGGAAGUGUACUGCUUUAAGAUGGCGGCCGUUACUAACGCCCGCAUCUAGUUUUUUGUAGAUGUGCUGGUAACGAUACCGAAGCUAUAAUGCAUCUAGUGCUAUGUAAAUGAUAUCUACCGUAACAUAAUGUGGCUUGUAGCAGCUUUUCGACAGCAGUCAGGUAUGUUGUUGUUGUUUUUUAAUCUCGUGGCAUGAGUUGAGCUAGAGCCGUGAGUUGAGCAUUGGCGUUACCCGAGGGGCCGGGUAAUGAGAAGCAUGAUGUUUAGCUACUCUCGCUCCGUCCCUAAUUGCGUACCGAAGACCGCGCGGCGCGCUGAGUGUGUCGUACUUCUGCUUUACUUGGCAUAUUUCAAUAAUCGGAAUUUGGAUGUUUGUGAAUCGUUCUCGAAUCUUCCACGGCCGAAUCGCGAAUAAUCUAAGAAUCGGAAAUUUUGCACACCUCUACUAUAUACUGUUAUUAUCACAAUGGCUCAUGUCCAAGAGCAGACUGCCACCGUUGAGUAGGUUUUAUUCAUUUUCAAGUAACGUAAACAGACAGUCUGAGCUGCUCCUUCAGCUUUUAUUUUGUUACUUCCGGCCUCUGGUCAUGUGAAUUUGCAUAUUAAGCUAAAUAUUUAGCUCCAACCGUUUCCAGAUUUAGCAUUUAGGAUAUAGGAUAUAAAUUUAAGAUUUAAAUUAAAUAUUUAGUUCUGGAUUUAAACAAUCAGGUCCAAAACUUUUUAUUUAAAAACAAAUAUUUAAGUUGCUAAAUAAUGUUGGAAAUGUGCAAAAAAAAGUGACUAAAAAUUUCACACCACGUUUUAAACAAUUUGUGGCGCUAAAUGUGAGAAAAUUUAAUUUAGUAGUAAUUUUUAGCAUGUGCUGCUUUGCAAACGGCGCCCCAUACAAACAAACAUUGAAAAUAUAAAUAAACAAGGAACUCAAUCACCUUGAAGGUACAGACAUGAUCUUACACAUCAAAUCCAUUUAGACUAGGAGAGCUGCAUUUUUUCGUUUGGUGCUAGUCCUUGCAGUCAAAAUGAAUUGGAAAUCUAUCUUCGUCAAUGGCAGUGAAUAAAUUAAAAUUGACAAACAUUUUAAUUACAAUUAGUGAUUUUAUAAAAUGCAGUUGAUUUGUACAGUGGUAUGAAAAAGUAUCUGAACCUUUUGGAAUUUGUCACAUUUCUGCAUAAAAUCACCAUCAAAUGUUAUCUGAUCUUUGUCAAAAUCACACAGAUGAAAAUACAGUGUCUGCUUUAAAGUGCUUGUGACACGAAAAAGCAUGUUUAUUUCAUAAUACACGCGGUAUUUUAUGCUCCUGAAUGAUAUGGACCGCUUGGAUGUGUGUGGAAGCGAUCGCUAUAUUUAUUUAGUUUUUUGAAUUCCGCGCCAGGAAAAUGAGUGACUUCCGGCUUCGGUCUCGCAUUGAGGAGGAGGGCGCUGUGACGUGUACGGUAGAAGACGUCCUCUUCACGCUACAGUGUACUGUUGUGUAUGAGGACGAAGGAUUCAGCUCAUUUUGCGGAUUAAUACUUUUAUUUUUUGCAUCACGCCAGCCAAACGGCUGCAGAAAAAUCAUUCUGUAUGCGGGAGAGGCGUAUGCGCCUUUUUGGAGUUUCAAAAGGUUCCCAUUCACCGUGGAUAUUUACUGUGGGACCAUUGGACUUACAAGGAAGUGAGUAAACAUCUUGUUUUGUAUUAUGUCAAAUACGAAUACAGUGAUUACAAAGUAAACACUAUAAAAUUCCUUUAAAUAAAGGACUACUUACGUUUGAUCAUUGAUAGGCAUGUAAAAAGCUAUCCUCACGCUCAUUAGCAGUUAGCUGUUAGCACGUUAGCUACACAACAAUUCCAGCCACCCUCCUCCAGGGAACGAAUUGUAAAUUGCUCUCCGCCGGGCGGUUUGCCGAUCCGCAAAGAAACUCGACAACCGGGUCGUCAUGUCAAAUAAUCCAGGCUAGUUAUGUGUGAUUUUCCACUUCGAAGACUUUGAAACAUCCCUCGGUUCUGGUUAGCAUGUCGGCUAGCUGUCACUCCUUCUGGUCUGUUUACAUUCUCCGAAGCCGGGGAAGGGAAAUGACAUAUGUCCGAUUUUGGUGUCAUAAAAUAUCGUUCGGCAGGUGUGACAGUAAAGGUAAAGUCGACUGUUUUGACCAUUAUGGAGUAAUUUUGCCAUGUCGUCUUGAAUAAAUGGAUUUUUAUUAUUUUAUAUUCCAUUUAGCACAAGUUAUUUGUCAUGACCAUGCCAUUUAUUUAGCAAUUGGGGAAAGUACUUGGGUAAAAAGAAUAUCCUGUAAAAAUAUUGAAGUAAAGAGACAGAAACAAUGACAUUUUGCCGCUCUCUUCGUCGCGUUUUCCUCAUUGUGAAUAGUUCCCCCUCGACGGGCUGACUGGUCCUUCUCAAGCCAUUUAUAUAGCUAUUGGGGGAAAAUACUUGGAUAAAAAGAAUAUCCUGUAAAAAUAUAGAAGUAAAGAGACAGAAACAAUGACAUUUUGCCGCUCUCUUCCUCGCGUUUUCCUCAUUGUGAAUAGUUCCCCCUCGACGGGCUGACUGGUCCUUCUCAAGCCAUUUAUAUAGCUAUUGGGGAAAAUACUUGGAUAAAAAGAAUAUCCUGUAAAAAUAUUGGGAGUAGAGAGACUGAAACAAUGACAUUUUGCAGCUCUCUUCAUCUCGUUUUCCUCGUUCUGAACAAUUCCCCCUCAAUGGGCUGAAUAGUAAAACCGAUGAGCCUAGUCUACCGCUGACGUCAUCCACCUGUUGGUGACGCUAAAGCCCUAUAAUUGUAGGCGUGGCUAACCGGCAGAUUAAAAGACUAAUUUCUCGUCAUCUGCGCUUUGCUAAAUUGUUGUAUAUGGUCGAAUCGUCUCAAAAUAUGAUUCUAAUUCACAUAAUAAUGCCAUUUAAGACUUUUUUUCUGGUGUCGUAUGCUCUUUAACUAAAACCAACGAAACAUUUAUCGGUUUUCAUAUUUUAAUGAGGAUAGCAUGCAAACAAUGACAGAAGGGGGAAAAAUAAGCGAACCCUCUGUCUAAGGCAUGGGUCCCCAAACUACGGCCUGCGGGCCGUAUACAGCCCGCUCCACAUUUGGUCCGGCUCCCUAAACAAUACCAGAGAGCAUUUUUUUAAAUCUUUUUUUUUUCUCUCAAUAGUGUUCUUUAUUUCCUGGCCUUUUUCUAUGAAGACCUCAGAGAGGGUUAUUAUCUAUUUAAAUAAUAGUUUUAUUAUUAUUAUUAUAUUAUUAUUUUUACUUUAUUUGCUUUUGUUCCGUGAAGAAUCCAGAAAGGGUUAUUUGAUGGUCGCUUUCUGAAAAAACGAAAAUAUUUUUUACAUUUAGGCACUCCUGCAAUCGUCACACUUUUUCUGUUACAAACUGACCCUGGCCCCUCAUCAGAGAAGGGAAAAGUUAUGUGGCCCUCACAGGAAAAAGUUUCGGGACCCCUGGUCUAAGGAGACGGAAAGACCAACAUCAACAACUCAUCCCCACCGUGGAGGGGCUGUUUUUUCUCCCUCAGGGCCUGGAUACCUUGCUAUCUUCCAUUCUUAAUGGAAGAAUGAAUUCAAAAGUUCCAUUCUUAAUGGAAGAAUGAAUUCAAAAGUUUAUCAGGAUGUUUGGCAGAAAAACCUGAGGCCGUCUGUCGGGACAGUUGAAGCUAAUAAGAGGACCGAUGCUGCAAUAAGACAAUGAUCCAAAACGCAGAAGUAAAUCCACUUCACAACGGUAUUAGAAGAACAAAAUACACGUUCUGGAGUGGCCAAGUCAAAGUCCAGACUUGAACCCCAUUGAGAUGCUGUAGCAUGACCUAAAGACAGCGAUUCAUGCUAGACACCCCAGGAAUCUGACUGAACUACAGCAGUUUUGUAGAGACAAAUGGGCCAGUAUUAGUCCUGAUCGAUGUGCCAGGGUGAUCUGCAGCUACAGGAAGCGUCU